AUGGCAGACUCGGAGCAGCCGGAAACACCAGACAAGCCGGUGUUCCAUACUCGAGGCUACCAGCAGGAGCUCCUGGAAGAAAGUCUGCGCAUGAAUCUGGUCAUUGCGCUCGAUACGGGCUCGGGGAAGACUCACAUAGCGGUCCUCCGGAUGAAAUUAGAGGCGGAACGCGAAUUAAAUAAGAUUUCCUGGUUCCUGGCACCCACAGUAGCUCUCGUUGAGCAGCAAUGCAACGUUAUCAAGACCGCUAUUCCGGUCAACGUCACCAUGAUUUCGGGCGCAUCUGAGCCCAACCAAUGGAAAGAUUCAGCUCUGUGGCGGCGUAUCCUGAGUGCCCACCGCAUCAUUGUGUCCACGCCGCAAAUCCUUCUCGACGCGUUGCGCCAUGGUUAUAUUCAUUUAGGGCAAGACGUUGGGCUCUUGGUCUUCGAUGAAGCGCAUCACGCAAUCUCCAAACAUCCAUACAACGUGAUUAUGCAGGAAUUCUACCACACCCUUCCCCCACGCCCCAAUUUGGACUUGCCAGUAGGCAGCGUGAGGCCGAUGAUACUAGGCCUAACAGCAAGUCCAAUAUAUGGCGGCAACGUUGAUGCGUCGUUCGAGGCGCUAGAACACAACUUAGACAGCACAAUCCGCUCCUCUAGCAGGAAUCGAGCGGAGCUGGCCCAGUAUGUACAUCGGCCAAUAUUCAAGCACGUUAUCUACGAUCUCCCGGACUACGCCGAAGGCCCAAUACCGUCGCAGAACUAUAACUCGCUGCAGAAGGUAGUGGAUUCACUCAACAUCGAGAAUGACCCUUACGUCCGGUCCUUGCGUGCACAACUUGCGAAGGCCCGCUCCGCUGAUGAGCGACGGCGCAUCGACCAGAAACUCUCAAAGACGGUCGAUAAACAAGACACGUUUUGCCACAAGGGUUUGCGGGACUUCGCUCGGGCGGCGCUCGACAUCUGCAAUGACCUUGGCCCGUGGGCGGCAGACUGGUACAUUGUGAAGGUGAUAGAGCAGGCUCGCUGUGCUGCGAACCCGUACAACAAUAUCAUGUCGUCGUGGGAGAACAACGAAAAGCGGUAUCUGCUGGACUGCCUGGAUAAGGUGCACACGAUUCCUGCCUCUUUACACCUAGACGACAUCUACGCAGAGAUCUCGCCGAAGGUACGGGCGCUCGUAAGCUGCCUCGUCGCAGAAGAGGCCGAAUUCCGUGCGGAAGACGAGACAUACAGUGGGCUGGUCUUCGUCACGCGGCGCGACGUCGUCCUUGCGCUCGCGGAAGUACUCCAGCGUCUGCCGGAGACGGCGCAUUUUAACCUCGGAUGCCUGCUAGGCACCUCCUCGAGCUUUCAACGACAUUCGUUCCUUGACAUCACGCGUGAGAUGGUUAAGGAUUCCCAGACAGACACGCUAGGCGAGUUCCGAUGUGGAGAGAAAAAUCUCAUCAUUUCUACUUCCGUCGCGGAGGAAGGCAUCGAUAUCCAAGCGUGCGGGAGUGUCGUUCGUUUUGACCCUCCGCCGAACGUCGUCGCCUGGGCCCAGAGCCGAGGUCGCGCACGCAGGAAACGCAGCAGCUUUAUACUCAUGUUUGAUAACAGUGGUGCAUCGCAGCAAACGGUCCGGAAGUGGGAGGAGACGGAGAUGCGCAUGAUGCAGCUGUACAACGAUCAGAGUCGGGUGACGAAUGUGCCGCUCGAUGAGGACGAUGAGGACGACAAUGAGUGCAUAUACAGCGUUCCUUCGACCGGUGCGGUGCUCACACUCCAGUCAUCUACAAGUCACUUGAACCAUUUCUGUGCUGUGCUCCCAAAUGCUGGAUAUGGUGGACAGAUGGCGCUAUAUGAGCUCGAUCCGCCGGAAUAUCCAGAGGAUUGGCACUUAAAGCCUAACCGUAGUGGAGGCCUUCAACCGUACAAGGGUCCUUGGGGUGCCACGGUCACAUUGCCCCGUGCGGUGCCACAGCACUUGCGCUCGUUCUCCACCCCGCAGGUGCACAAAACGAAGCGGUCGGCGCAGAGGCACGCCGCCUUCAAGACGUACGUAGAAUUGCACAAGGCAGGCCUUCUCAACGACCAUCUCCUCCCUCUGUCAAGCGCAAUUGAACCUGAAAACGCAGAGCAAGUGAAGAAGCUCUUGGAGGAUAUAGAGAAGCGCGCAGGGACCGAGCGCGUCUCCAUCCAGAUGGACCCGUGGACUUCCAAGGCGGACGAUGACCAGUGGUGGGAGACGAGGAUGAUAAUCGAGGGUCUGCCUGCUCUGCGAAUGAUUACACGGAAUCGGCUGCCUCAAUUGAACUCAGAAGACUCACCCACUCUAUACAUUCCUGGCCGUGGUGCCGUAAAGACUCAUUUACACGCAGUGGGCUUAUUCCGGGGCGACCAAGAAUUCAUAGAGAAAGCUCGUGUCUACACAACACGCCUGUUCGCCACCUUGUACAGUGCUCAUAUGAAACCCAACGCAGCCGACUACUGCUACCUCUUCUUCCCAGAAUCCGAGGGAAAGGACGAGCCACUAUGGAAUGAACGACGAGAGUGGAUGAAGAGACGAGUCAGUCGUGGACUCAGCGUCCCACUGGAGAACGUAGGAAGAGCUAAUGCUGAGCAUCUCGCUAAAGCCUAUGGUCUCCCGCCAGACCUCGCAUUGGUCCGACCUAACAACAAAUUUGGCAAAGCCCUUCGGUUCACGAGAUGGCGCCAUGAUCCACUAACUAUCGACGAGGAGGCAGAAUUGCUGGAGGGCUAUGAAGGGUUCCCGGACGUCGAACUUACAUACCCCCUCAUCCAUGCUCAGCCGUUCGUACAACGUGCUAAUUUCCUGGUCCCGCUGGACUCCGAUACCCAAGGGCUGAACCACGACCCGCCACUCUUCCUCCUGCCCCGCUAUACGACGGUGGAGCUGAUAUCUGUGGAUGACGUCGAGCACUCAGCGCUCAUUCCCUCCAUCCUCAGAUCGCUCGCCAAUACACUGACCGUCAAGGCUCUUCGGGAAGAGCUUCUCGUUGGGUCACCAGUAGCUGAUGUACCCCACAUCCUUCUCUCGACAGCUCUGACGGCGCCUGUCGCCCAGGAGCUGAUCAACUAUCAGCGGUUAGAGACUCUUGGUGACACCGUGUUGAAGUAUAUCACCAGUAUCAAACUCUUCGCAGACUACCCCCUUUGGCACGAGGGCUACUUAGCACGAAGGAAAGACCACGCGGUAUCGAACGUGCAGCUUGCGAAGUGUGCUAUUUCCAAGGGUCUCUACCAAUGGAUCAUUCGCGACAGGUUCGUGCCGAGGAAAUGGAGACCCCAUUACAUGUCGGGCCCAGAGGACAUUGGUUCGAAAACGGAAGGCGCGAAUGGCAAUAACGACGAUAAGAAGAAAAAAACGAAAACCCAAGAGCUCUCAACAAAGGUUCUAGCAGACGUAGUCGAGUCGCUCAUCGGCGCCGCGUACGAGCACGGCAGCUUCGAUUUGGCAGUAAAUUGCAUUUCCAUCUUCGGUCUCGGACUCCCUUCAUGGCAAACGAUACCCCAGCACUUCGACAACAUUGUGACCAAGAUUGAAGAACUUGAUUAUCCUCCUCCUCAGCUGAGUCUCGUCGAGACGAUGCUCGGCUAUGAGUUCACUCACAAAGCCCUCCUUGUGCAGGCCCUCACCCAUGCCAGCUAUCAUGGAGAUCUUACCACGAUGUCGUACGAGCGACUUGAAUUCUUGGGAGACUCCGCGCUUGAUAUGGUGGUGACGGAUUGGCUAUAUCAUGCGCCCGGCCAGGACGGCAAGGGCUUCAAGCCGGGAUACAUGCAUAUCUACAAAGAGGCUCUGGUCAACUCGCAUUUCUUGGCGUUCAUAUGCCUCAGAACGCGCACCACGCAGGAGGCCACCAUGGCGAAUUGGACGCGCGCGAGCGGAAUGUCAGAGACAACCGAGCAGCAUGAUAUCUAUCUAUGGCAAUGUCUUCUACACUCCAGUCAUCGCGUGCUUGACGAUCAGCAUGUCACUGCAGAUCGCUUCAAGAGGAGCGGGGAGGCGAUUCACGAGGCGCUCACCAAAGGCGAACUGUAUCCAUGGGCGGCUCUGACCAGCUUGCAGGCCCCGAAGUUCAUCAGCGACAUGGUCGAGAGUUUGCUCGGUGCCGUCUUCGUCGAUUCAAAGGGCACUCUCGACGCCGUCCGUGCAGUCCUCCGGAAGUUGGGCAUCAUGGACAUGAUAGAGCGCAUUGCUCGCCAGGAAGUCGACGUCCAGCACCCGAUCUCCCGUCUCUGUAUCUGGGCGGCCAAGCAGGUGCCUCAAAAGCAGGUGAAGCUCCAAGUCAACAAGGCCCAUGGCAAUGUCAGCUGCGCGGUCAUAAUUGACGACGAGCAAGUCGCGGAAGUAACGGAAGUGUAUCGGAGCAGGGCCAGCCAAGAGGAGGUGCGGUUCGCUGCCGCGGAACAAGCGAUACAGCUGCUGCGUGUCGCCCAGCAGCAGGAUGAGUGGGAUGAUGUUUCCGAAUAUGGUGACUGGUGA